CCCAUUCACUCCUACGGGUUUAUUAAAGUUGUAAGAUGGCGACUGUUCAUCUGAGGAUCGGGGACCUGGUGUGGGGGAAGCUGGGUCGCUACCCACCAUGGCCAGGGAAGGUGGUAAGCCCUCCCAAAGACCUGAAGAAGCCCAGGGGCAAAAAAUGCCAUUUUGUGAAGUUCUUUGGAACUGAAGACCAUGCGUGGAUCAAGGUGGAGCAGCUGAAGCCCUACCACACCCACAAAGACGAGAUGAUCAAGAUCAAUAAGGGAAAACGCUUCCAGCAGGCGGUCGAUGCCGUGGAAGACUUCCUCAAGAAAGCAAAGGGCAAAGAGCAGAACUCAGAUGGCAAAGGAGACUCAAAGGGAAAGAAAACGGCCAACAAACCGCUGAAGAUCCUGGAGGAGGACGAUGAGGACCUGAGCGCUCUGAAGGACCCGUCUGAGAAGGACUUAACUGACUCCGACCCCGAGCCAUCCACUAUUGAGAGGCCGGGGGCUGGACCCGGCUCAGGAUUCAAAUGGGAGAGCAGUCCUGUGAAGGAUGACCCACAUUUCCAUCACUUCCUACUCAGCCAGUCUGAGAAGCCAGCCUCUUCCAUGGAGCCCAUCAGCAAGCGCCUGAAGAUCAUCGAGGAGGACGCGGGGUCAACAUCCAUCCAGGCAGCAGACAGCACCGCCAUCAACGGCUCCAUCACACCCACAGACAAAAGGAUAGGGUUCCUGGGCCUGGGGCUGAUGGGUAGCGGGAUCGUUUCCAACCUGUUGAAAAUGGGUCAUGUUGUCACAGUGUGGAACCGCACGGCAGAAAAGUGUGACCUGUUCAUCCAGGAGGGGGCCCGGUUAGGGAGGACUCCUGCUGAAGUGGCCUCCAUGUGUGACAUCACCUUCUCCUGUGUGUCUGACCCAAAGGCUGCCAGGGAUUUGGUGUUGGGACCCAGUGGAGUGCUGCAGGGCAUCAGGCCCGGGAAAUGCUACGUAGAGAUGUCCACCGUGGACCCAGAGACCAUCACAGAACUCUCUCAGGUGAUCACCUCGCGUGGGGGCCGGUUCCUGGAGGCCCCGGUAGCAGGAAGCCAGCAGCUCUCCAACGACGGCAUGCUGGUGAUCCUGGCGGCUGGAGACAGGACGGUCUACGAGGACUGCAGCAGCUGCUUCCAGGCCAUGGGCAAGACCUCCUUCUUCCUGGGUGAGGCAGGUAAUGCAGCGAGGAUGAUGCUGAUCCUCAACAUGGUGCAGGGCAGCUUCAUGGCCACCAUUGCAGAGGGGCUGACCCUGGCCCAGGCCACCGGCCAAUCACAGCAGACCUUCCUGGACAUCCUGAGCCAGGGCCAGAUGGCCAGCACCUUCGUGGACCAGAAAUGCCAAAAUAUUUUACAGGGCAAUUUUAAGCCGGACUACUAUUUGAAGCAUAUUCAGAAGGACCUGAGGCUCGCCAUCUCCAUGGGCGACACCGCCAACCAUCCAACCCCGAUGGCUGCCGCCGCCAACGAGGUGUACAAGCGGGCGAAGGCUCUGGACCAGUCGGACAACGACAUCUCGGCGGUGUACCGAGCCUACAUCCACUAGAGGUGACCUUCCUCUGGACCAGUCUCUAACCCUUCUGGUUUCUCACUCGUCAUGUCAUGAUUUGUUUUGUUUUUUUAUUAUGAUUAUUUUAAAUUUUAGUUUAAUUUCGUUUUGCCGCAGCACCCUCCGUGUUAGUCCUGGUUGGAGGCAACCUUAAAGCAUUGCACUGACUGCUGGAGGAAAAGAUGCUGAGAGCAGCUUGAACUGCUGUAGAAGUAACACAAGACAUGCUGCCAGCUUUUAUGGAUGCAGAAACCCUUCAGAAGAUUUUCCUUUUUUAUGUGAAACUUAGUAUAUUUAAUUGAGUGUGAUCUUUGCUUUUUUUUUUCUUUUCUUUUCUUUUUAAAUGUCCAGAAUUACAUGAGAGAAAACACCAAGAACAUGCCACUGCAUUGCCUUAAUAUUGUGACCCCCCUGGAGUCUUUGGAUAAUAGUAUUUAUUUAUGUUUGUUUCUAGGUCUUCUGAUGCAGUUUGACCGUGGCUUGUUUCUGUAUUUGACAAGAUGAUUUAUGCUUUUAUGUUGGUGUUCAUGAUCUCUUUUUCCUGACCUUGUUGAAGACGACGGAUGUGUCGAGGCCUUAAAAUGCAGUAAUAAUUAAUAUUUCUCAUCAAGGCUUGAGAUUCCCACAGUAGAAAACCCUUCGUUCUUGUCUUUGGAAGAGUUCUCAUUCACACUGUUUUUCUUUUUUUUUUAAUAAUAUAUUUCUCUGAAACUAGAAUCAAGUCACUUCUUGACAUGCAUUUUUAACUGAACAUCACAAUGAAGCUCCAACUUCAAUCAUGUAUUUAUUAUUUGGUAAUUAGAGAUUAAAAAAUUGUGGUUUGUAAUUAAAAAAAACAAUUUAGACCAUUAUGGGACACAAUUAACCCUUUGAUGCACAGCAAUUAUUAAAGUAAAUCCAUUUAUUUUA